CAAUUUUUGAAGAAGAGAAAAACUUGAAUUCAAUUUUUUACGUUGAAUUCAAACUUCAAUUUCCUGUUUUGAGUUUCGCUACUUCCGCCCUGGCAGGCGAAGGGGCGUGGCCUUACCGGAGUAUCAUGGCGGUCUUGUUUACAUCUCGCUGAACGUGGUGACGUUUGAAAAACAAUCCUUUUAGCGUUUAAUUAGUUUGUCUUUGUAUCUCCUUUUAAACCAAAGGAGGAACUGUUCCAGGACCAGGAGCCGUACUAUUAACUGAGUCCAGGAGCCAUGUCCUCUCCAGAAAUCUCCUCCCUCUCCUGGGGGCUCAUGAGGGUGAAGGGAAGCACCUCCAGCUACAAGGACUGCAAAGUCUGGCCUGGAGGCAGCCGGGCCUGGGACUGGACCGAGACCGGGACUAAUCAUUACCCCGGAGUUCAACCCGCGGACCUGGAGGAGGUUCUGAAGAAAGGAGUGGAGCUGCUGGUCAUCGGGAGAGGGAUGAACGAGGCUCUGCAGGUUCCUUCUUCAACUCUGGACUUUGUGAAGCAGAAGGGCGUCGAGGUCCGGGUCCUCCAGACGGAGAAGGCCGUGGCUGAGUACAACAAACUGGCCGUCCAGGGCGCCAAAGUGGGCGGGGUUUUCCACUCCACCUGCUGACGUUCUCCACAGCAUCACAACAACUGAAUCACGUUGAACGUGCAGUCUCAGAGGACUUUAGGAAAACUUUAAAAUCUGCACUUUUUGCUCAGGAUGGUAGAAAUUCAUUAUUUUUAGAUAACAGAUUUGUUUAAUAUAAUUAAUGAUGUGAUGAGGAAAAGAAACAGAUGGUUGCUUCAGUCACAACUUUAUAAGAAAAUGUUUCUCCAACAAAUGUGUUUUUUUUUUUUUUUUUUUACAAAUAAACUGUCUACUGCA